AUGUCGAUAAAGGUCAAUUGUGGUUCGUCAGUAGAUCAUCAAGAUAUAAAUGCGUACGUAAACAAAUGCUCAUGUUACAACUGCAGAAGGGUGAUGCAAAAGGCACGUUUGAUUGUCACCGAGGCUGAAUCUUGGGCUCGUAAGAAUUUCGUGAUCACGUGUUAUUGCGAUCAUUUUUCUGUUGUUUUAUACUCUGGUUCUCGUUAUCACGAAGCCGUGGUUCAACUCUGCGGAGGAGAAUUACGCGUAGACACAAAUAUCACAAGUUGGACCGAGUGCAUCAAGACGGUGGUUAGACGUAAAUGGAGCAACUUCGUGGAUACUGCUUUCUCGAUUGCGGGAUUGGUCACUGGAGUGGGAAAAUUUCUUAGUGGUUCUGUGUUAAAAGCUCUUACGUUUAAGUGAACAUGACUGAGAAUAUUCAAGAAAAGGUGAAACGACCAUGUGAUUAUUCAUACUUAUCGAACGUAAUUCUUGAGAAAGCGAAUAUAUAUCGCUUAAUGUGGCUACAAUUUAAAAAAAAAUUUAUGGAAAAAUUAUAAAUUGGAUCAAAUUUUUUGAAGGAAUGUUACAUGUCAGAAAUAAAAAAUUGUACAACUUUCAUAAAACAACAAUCUAACGCCCGUAUUCUAAAAGCUCACUCACACUCAAUGAGUGGAGGUUCAAUCUGAGCUUCUCUUGAGUGUCAUUGCUGUUUUUGAAUAGCUGGAGGGUGAGUACCCAGCGGGCAAAAUGACGUUUAUCCAACGUUGAAUCAACGUUGGAAAUGACCUUCCAGACGUUGGAUAGACGUUGAAAAAGGGUUGACUAUGCAAAUUGGAUCGACG